AUGGAAAAUAAUGUAGAGACGUGCGAGACGAUGGCGACGGCCGCGGCGGCUGCGGCGGCGACGACGGUGUCGACGAGCUCGCAGGUGCCGUUGCUCUCGCGUCUCGCCACCGAGAAAAUUGCGGAACUCGUUGAGCUUGACGAGCUUCCAAUGUUCGAUCAUCCGCUCCUACCAUCGUAUAGCAAUGAGAUUGUGAAGAUUCUUGGCGCGCGCAAGAAGCUUCGUGAGACACUUCGACGAUUGAGGCCCGAUCGAUUCAAGAUCACCAAGAUGGAUUUGAUGGGCGGCGGGUUCACACUUGACGAUGUCCGACAUGUCUAUGGACACGAUUUGCACUACCUCAAAAUAGGAGACAUUGAAUCAUUUAGUAAUCACCACAAAAUCCAAAUCGAGGAGGUUCUCAAGGCGGCGCUGAACCGCCAAUCGCGACGCAAUCUGAAGCAUUUGGAUCUCAGCGGAAGGUACAAGAUCUCGUCGUCAUGGCCGAUGUUUGUCGCGCUCAAUUUGCCGCAUUUGGAGAGCCUCUCGUUUGCCAAUCGCAACACGUCGAAUCUGACGCUUCUUCAGAUUGGCCAACAACUCACCCAGUUGCGCUAUUUGGACAUUUCGAACACGUAUGUCACCGAAAUCUCAUGUAUCGCCGGCAUGAAGAAUCUCGAGGUGCUCAUCAUGUACAAUUUGAACAUUUUGAAGGGUGACGUCGCCGAGACAUUGUCGAAUUUUUCGAAAUUGCGUGUGCUCGACAUCUCGCGUAAAGUCAACAGCGAUUAUCUUCAAGAAACGUCUCAAGACGCGCACGGCGACGUCGCUUUGGGCAUCUAUAAUCGAUCGAUUCAAGCGAUCAAGUGCAAUGAGUCGACACCGUGGCCGGAGCUUCGAGCGCUUGACAUGUCGGGUUUGAGCAUCGUGCAAUUCGGAACCGAUCGCGCAUUGGAGUUUGUUCACAAAAUCAUCGAAGCGCACCCGAAAUUGGAGCAGAUUGCCCUAUUGGCGACACCUCUCGACUCGCAGACCGUCGAAUUCCCCGACCGCAAGCUGAACGUCAUCAAUUCGGCGUCUCGCAAAUCGAUUCUUUUUGCUCUAUCGCAUUAUGUGAAUCGUGAGAGCUGCCGAUCGGCAUUCACCGCCCACGCCCUUCAUUCGGUUUAUUAUUGCUUGCAAUCGGGCUACGAUAAAUUCACGCAGGAGGAGCUUGGAGAAUGCAUUCGAUUGGUUUGCCUAUCGAUGCAGAAGUAUCUGACGACGUUGGCUGUGCAAAUUGCCGGAAGCGCGUGCCUCUAUCAUAUUUGCAAACUCAAACGGAUCAAGCGGCUUUCGGUGAAAGACGUGUGCAAUUGCAUUGAACGAUCGCUGGAUGCCGCCGAGCAAUAUCGAACGAUGACGCAACUUCAGAAGAACGUGUGGCUGACGAUUUGCAACGACUAUCUCCUUCAUCUCGAAGGUAUCGAUUUCUAUCGGACGUGCAAAGUGGCGCUGGACACGAUGAUCUCGAAUCGCGACGCGAGCGUCGAACGAAUGACGAUUGCGAUCAUCUCGAUUGUGACGCCGAAGAUGAAGCCGAACGAGGCGCAAAUGCUCACGUCGGACACGAUCUACAUUCGACAUUUGGUGAAAAUUAUGGCCGAAUAUUUGGAUAAUUAUCAACGAGAGAAUCUUGCUCAAAAUCGAGAAAGCGAUAAUACGUUGUAUACGCUGAAAUUCACAUUGAGCGCACUCUGGAAUCUCACAGAUGAGUGCGAGACGACGUGCCGCGCGUUCUACGAUGUUGGAGGUGUUCAGAUCGCCUUCAAAAUCCUCAUCGCGUUCUCGGCUCACGGUAAUGUACAGACGAAGGUGCUAGGAAUUCUCAACAACGUCGCCGAGGUUGAUGAGAUCAAGCACUCGAUUAUCAACGAUGAGAGUUUUGUCAAUUUGCUACUUGAUUGCCUCGAAGGCGAUUUUGAGUCGCCGGACAAUAAGGGAAGAUAUCGCGAUGUCGAGCGAUCGUACUUCGCCGGCGGAAUUUUGGCCAAUCUUCUUUGCGAGACCACACCUUGGAGAAAUGAGGAGCUUCGGAAUGAGGUUUGCGAGAAGCUCAUGGAGUCGAUUGAGCAAUGGCCAGAGCUUCCAUCGGCAAUGGUGUCCUACAGAUCGCUGACGCCGUUUUCGCGUAUUCUGGAGCGUUCGGAAGCCAACGGUGCGAUAAUGUGGUGCUUGUGGGGUGUGCACCACGUGUUGCACCAUCGCGACAAGACGAAGCCGGCGCACUGCAGUCUCGGCUACGUCGACAUGGUGCAGUCGAGCAACAUUUUGUUGAUUUGCGAGCGAAUGCAAAAGCAGCUCACCAAGGAGCCACGUGUCGCCAAUUUGGCGCGAAAAAUCGUCGAUAUUGUCGAAGCGAAUGAGCGCGACGAGACGUAUUGA